AUGACUUCCAUUAAUCUUUCUUUUAAUCCUCUCUUCUCUUGCAUUAUCACUCUCUACACUCUAAUUCUCUUAUACUUUCCUCAAGCACUUAAACUCUCAAUAUCUCCAAUUCUGAUCAUUACUUUAACUCUCCUGCUCUUUGUUUUACGUCUUGGUGCAAUUCAAAGACGCCAGCUUUCAGUCACAGAAAGCGAUAAAGCCAUUCAAAUCAAGCAGGACAAAGGCACCCAUUUUGGUGAAGCUUCAAGUUCUAGCUUUUUGACUCACGUAGACAAAUGGGUUGCUUCCCAAAGUGCUGAAAAGGGUUGCUUUGACCCUGAUCCGAACCUGGAUUUUGAAGUGUCGUUUGUUGAAUGGGAUGUUAGAGCUCCAUUGAAGGUUAUUAAUGAGGAAUAUGAAGGAGAAGAAGAGGAGGAUCCAAAUGAGAAGGAUGCAGAUCAGGAUCCGACCCGGUUUGGUGGUUUGGGAAGAUAUCCGUCUUUGGCUAUGUGUUAUCCGGAAACGGAUUCGGAUUCGGAUUCUGAAGGUGGGUUUUCAGUUGCCGGAGAGCGGGACUCGCUGGAGAGGUUUUGCUUCAAAUGGGAAGAGGAAGAUAGAGAAGGGUUAUUGAUAGAGAUAGCUCUUGAUAGUGAUAAUAAGAAGGAUACGGGUCCUGAUUUGGAUGCGGGUUUGGAUUUUCAUGUUGAAGAGGAUAACUUGAUAGAGAUUGACAUAUCUCCGGCCAAAAACGACAAAAUGUUUCCCGGUGAAGUGUGA